UCCUGUCUGUCACUGGCCAACAGCCUCACCUAACUCUCUCUCUCUCUCUCUGUUUCUGCAAAAACCCCAUUUUUUCUCGGCUCUUGAACAACGUACUCUGCAUUUUCCUUCCGAGAAAGACAACCACUUUUCCUUAACCCCCAGGGCCUCGAGAUGUCCAAUUACACGUACGAGUCCUGCACGGUCGAGGCCCCCGACGGGAUCAAGCUCCACACCCGGAUCUUCAAACCCAACCCCGACAUCCGAAGGGACAACCUCGGCAUCGUCCUCGUCCACCCCUACUCCGUCCUCGGCGGCUGCCAGGCUCUCCUGAAGGGAAUCGCGGUUGGAUUAGCCGAAAAGGGCUACUUAGCCGUGACCUUCGACAUGAGGGGCGUCGGGAGGUCCACCGGGAGGGCCUCCAUUACUGGGUUCGCGGAAGUUAAGGAUGUCGUGUCGGUCUGCAAGUGGGUCUGCGGGAACAGCGAUCUCUCUGUCGACAGGAUUUUGCUUGCGGGUUCAUCUGCAGGUGCGCCGAUCUCAGGUUCAGCAGUGGAUCAGGUUGAGCAAGUAAUUGGCUACGUGAGCCUCGGAUAUCCUUUCGGGAUGCUAUCAUCCAUCCUCUUUGGGCGUCACCAUAAGAAUAUUCUGCAGUCCCCGAAGCCCAAGCUCUUUGUGAUGGGAACUCGAGAUGGAUUUACGAGUGUGAAGCAGCUAAGGAGCAAGCUCAGCGGAGCUGCAGGACGUGCUGAUAUCCACCUAAUCGAAGGAGCAGGACACUUCCAAAUGGAAGGACCAGCUUAUGAUGCUCAGAUGGUGAGUCUUAUCCUUGACUUCGUUGCAUCUUUGUAGGCUAAACAACACUGAAUCAGUUGUGUCAUAUGUAAAUUAUGUAUUUGUUGGAUAUCUUAUUCGAAUCGUGAUAUUGAUUUGAGAGGGAGAGAGAGGGAGGGGGGGAGAGUGCAAAUUGAGUGGCCAAAAUGUUUGACUAUGUAAAAGCAUAUACAAUUGAAGUUUUAUUUGUUGAAUCAAAGUUACAAAUGCAGGUUAGCCA